AUGGGUCAGAUCCAGUAUUCGGAGAAGUACUUCGAUGAUACCUAUGAAUAUAGACAUGUGGUUCUGCCUCCUGAAGUCGCCAAACUGCUUCCCAAGAAUCGGCUUCUCUCCGAUAAUGAGUGGCGUGCAAUUGGGGUUCAGCAGAGCCGUGGUUGGGUUCAUUAUGCCAUUCAUCGCCCUGAGCCACACAUAAUGCUUUUCAGGAGGCCUUUGAAUUAUCAGCAGCAGCAGGAAAACCAGGCCCAGCAAAACAUGCUUGUCAAAUGA